UAUCUGUUAUUGAAACAAAGAUAAUGAAACAUUAACAAACAACAGAACACCAUACUUAUAGAAAUGGUUUCAAAUUUCAGACAGACACAUAUGUUUUUCUUUUGUUUGAACUAGAUAUGAUUGUGUUGUCUCUUCCACCAAUACCAAUGGCUACUACUACUACAACCCUUCAUCAAUCUUCAUCUCCUCUCUUACUUCCCACAACAACACAAAAGCCCAAAAAUUCAUCGCUUCAAACCUGCAAAACCCUCAUUGAGCUCAAACAAUUACACUGUAACAUGUUAAAGAAAGGUGUUUUUAACAUCAACAAGCUCAUUGCUGCUUGUGUCCAAAUGGGUACCCAUGAAAGCUUAAACUAUGCUCUCAAUGCUUUCAAGGAAGAUGAAGGAACCAAGUGUUCACUUUAUACUUGUAAUACUCUGAUUAGAGGGUAUGCUGCAUCUGGGUUAUGUAAAGAAGCAAUUUUUAUUUACCUUCAUAUGAUAAUAGUGAUGGGUAUUGUUCCUGAUAACUUCACUUUCCCAUUUUUGCUUAGUGCUUGUUCGAAGAUUAUGGCGUUUUCUGAGGGUGUUCAGGUUCAUGGGGUGGUUGUUAAGAUGGGUCUGGUGAAAGAUUUGUUUGUUGCUAACUCUUUGAUACAUUUUUAUGCGGCAUGUGGGAAGGUUGAUUUGGGACGAAAGGUGUUUGAUGAAAUGCUUGAGAGAAAUGUUGUGUCGUGGACUAGUUUGAUUAAUGGGUAUAGUGUGGUGAAUAUGGCUAAAGAGGCUGUCUGUUUGUUCUUUGAGAUGGUUGAGGUGGGUGUUGAACCGAAUCCUGUGACUAUGGUUUGUGCUAUAUCUGCUUGUGCUAAGUUGAAGGAUCUUGAAUUGGGUAAAAAAGUGUGCAAUUUGAUGACGGAGUUGGGGGUGAAAUCUAAUACGCUUGUGGUGAAUGCACUGCUCGAUAUGUACAUGAAAUGUGGAGACAUGUACGCUGUGAGGGAAAUUUUUGAUGAAUUUAGUGAUAAGAAUUUGGUUAUGUACAAUACUAUCAUGUCAAAUUAUGUGCAACAUGGGUUGGCUGGUGAAGUGCUAGUUGUUUUGGAUGAAAUGCUGCAGAAAGGACAGCGGCCAGAUAAGGUGACUAUGCUAUCUACUAUUGCAGCAUGUGCACAGUUAGGUGAUCUUUCUGUUGGGAAGUCAUCUCAUGCUUAUGUCUUCAGGAAUGGACUAGAGAGGUUGGACAACAUUUCUAAUGCCAUCAUUGACAUGUAUAUGAAAUGUGGCAAAAGAGAAGCUGCUUGCAAAGUUUUUGACAGUAUGUCAAACAAGACGGUGGUGACAUGGAAUUCGCUAAUUGCAGGUUUGGUUAGAGACGGUGAGUUGGAAUUAGCUUUGAGAAUCUUUGGUGAGAUGCCAGAGAGUAAUCUUGUAUCUUGGAACACAAUGAUUGGUGCCAUGGUUCAAGCAAGCAUGUUUGAGGAAGCAAUUGAUUUACUCAGGGAGAUGCAAAACCAAGGGAUUAAAGGAGAUAGAGUGACAAUGGUGGGUAUUGCUUCUGCCUGUGGAUAUUUAGGAGCUCUUGAUCUUGCUAAGUGGAUCUAUACUUACAUUGAGAAAAAUGACAUUCACAUUGACAUGCAACUUGGCACAGCUUUGGUCGACAUGUUUUCUAGAUGUGGUGAUCCUCUAAAUGCUAUGCGUGUUUUUGAAAAUAUGGAAAAACGCGACGUGUCUGCCUGGACUGCAGCCAUCAGAGUUAAGGCAGUGGAGGGUAAUGCAAAAGGAGCUAUUGAGCUUUUUGAUGAGAUGCUGAAGCAAGAUGUGAAAGCAGACGAUUUUGUUUUUGUGGCACUAUUGACAGCAUUUAGUCAUGGUGGAUAUGUGGACCAGGGGAGACAACUUUUUUGGGCAAUGGAGAAAAUCCAUGGAGUAAGUCCUCAGAUUGUCCACUAUGGAUGUAUGGUUGAUUUGCUUGGUCGAGCUGGGUUGUUGGAAGAAGCUUUUGAUCUCAUGAAAAGCAUGCCAAUAAAACCGAAUGAUGUUAUAUGGGGAUCUUUUCUAGCAGCUUGUCGAAAACACAAAAAUGUUGAAUUUGCAAAUUAUGCAGAUGAAAAGAUAACUCAAUUGGCCCCAGAAAAAGUUGGGAUUCAUGUGUUGCUAUCCAAUAUCUAUGCAUCGGCUGGAAAAUGGAAUGAUGUAGCAAGAGUGAGGUUGCAAAUGAAAGAGAAAGGGUUCCAGAAAGUAGCUGGAUCAAGCUCAAUAGAAGUUCACGGAUUGAUUCGCGAGUUCACAUCUGGUGACGAAUCACACACAGAGAACGCCCAAAUUGGAUUAAUGCUACAGGAAAUAAACUGUAGGAUAAGCCAGGUGGGGUAUGUUCCUGAUACAACCAAUGUCUUAGUUGAUGUUGAUGAGCAGGAGAAAGAGCAUUUGCUCAGCAGACAUAGCGAAAAACUAGCCAUGGCUUAUGGAUUAAUCAAUACCGGUAAAGGAAUACCUAUACGGGUAGUAAAAAAUCUAAGAAUGUGUUCUGAUUGUCACUCAUUUGCAAAAUUAGUGUCAAAACUGUACGGUAGGGAAAUAACUGUUAGGGAUAAUAACAGGUAUCAUUUUUUCAAGGAAGGAUUUUGUUCUUGUAGAGAUUUUUGGUAGUAGAAUUACAUAAAUGAAAUUUUGACCUCUGGUUUACAAAUAAA